GGUCACAUGUGCCUCAGUGUUCCGAACUCGUCCUUCUCCCCCUCACCCCUUCACCUCCAACUUAGCCGAACCUCAUAACCUUUCCGCUUUUUCACGAACCGUACAUUAUCGGAUACUGAGUAACCUCCUCCCCCUCAACAUACACACCGGACGGCCAGUGUUGAGUUUGAAUGAACAGCAGCAACGUCGCUUCGGACUAUUUUCACCGUCGUUUGGGAAGCUUCGCGAGAUCUGGCUGGAUGGACCAUGAGGCGGCCCGCAGCGUCAAGGCACCCCCAUUCAUAAGCAAUGGGCAGGACACCAUCUCCAACGUGGAUAAACUACGUGGUUACUACGAUGGGGCGAGGAACCGGCUAAAGUCUUACCUCGGUAGGGAAGACGCCAUGGGAUCCGGCAGCAGUUCCCCAAGGAUCCUCGAUGACGUCUACGGCGGGGGCGGGGCCGACACGGUGGGCGGAGUCAUGUUCCAGCAACGCCCCGCCCACUGUCGUCUGGAAGGGAAGCAGGUCUUAACCGGAGAGGAGUUUACGGAUAUCUCGUACAGUGACCUCGGUUUUAUCAUCACGCCGCAGUCGAAGAAGCUGCCUUUGAACAACAACAAUUACGAGACCCCGGGCCUGGAAGCUGCAGCCGACGUCGACCCCGGCAGCAGCACCUCCCCGACCCCAUCCGCCACCACCGAGAGCAGCGCGGACGCUGAUCUGGACAUCGACGUGGUGAGCACCGAGCUGGGCAACGGAGGCAACAGCAGCUCGACCAUCAGCUCCAACUCCUCCUGCAACAACAUCCCCUCCAUGACCAUGCAGCACCGAGGAAGCACCAGCAGUUUCACGCUUCCGGGAUCUACUGACGAAGACCUGCAGGACGCGGGUGACCUGAGACUAGAGGAGGUCAUGUCUUAGGUCACGACGUGCAGGGGUCAAGGGACGUCGGGGGUCGCGUUUUUAUGUUGAGAUUUAUUUUGAUUUUGAUUUUUUUUCGUGAUGUUAAAUGUGUGGGUUAAUAAAAGUCUAUAGAGUUUUGUGAGGGGAGGAAUGUGAUAAUAUGUAUUGAUUUGACCUGAUGUGUGUGUAUAGAUGGAUAAUACAAGUGAGAAAAUGCCGUUCCGAAUGGUCUCUUGCACCGGAAAAUAUUAUACACAUUCAGAUGUUAACAGAAUGAAUCAGAAUGGACACCUGAAGCAAGAAAUGUGAUACGCCUUGACGAUUUUCCAGCGUGCUAUUGUGAUAGGUUACUUCUGCAUCCGUUAAGCAUCUUCUCUGGAAAUGUCGUGAAUUAUUCCCAAGGACACGGACAUAUAUACAGAGCAGAAUAUUGGUGACUGGACUUGCUGUGGAGAAAACGGCAUUUUAAUCGAAAAUUGGUCUGUGUGAAAUGUCACUGAUAUUAAUGAUUGUUGCUACAGUACAAACUUAAUUUGAAAAUUGUUUUACCCUGGGGUGUAUGUUACAGGUAGUGCAGGUAAGGUUUCAGAACACUUUUGAAUACAGAGCACGGGAUUUGUAACACGAAUUACAUCACAAUCGUUUCAAAAAUUCUUGAAAAUUUUAUUGUUAAAGAAAUAUGUUAGGUGUGUUGGCUAUUAUCCAGAUUAUAUUUCUAUUGUAAAUAUCAUAUAUAAAUAAUUAUCAUUGUUUUUAUUAAUUUAGGAAAAAAAAAUAAUGGUGGUAGUGAUCUCAAGUAUAAGUGAUAUGAACUAUGUAACAUACUUGUACCCUAGUUACGUCGUCAUAACCACACCAGCAUAAAAAAAAGACAAACGGAUUACCAAGAAAAAUGAGAUAGACUUCUCCGAAUAAUUCUUUCGACUUGCCGUUCUCUAAUAACAUCCUGGAAUAAUUAGGGAAAUACGCUCCCAAAGGCCUUACGUCUGACACAUGUCCUCCGUCGUAAAUAUCGACUGCACCCUCAUCACAAUGGCCCAAGGCGGACAUUUCCACCUCCGCAUCCGGCAUUAGCUGAGAAAUAUCUGCUCGAGGACCCAAAUUACCUUCUUCGGAAGAAAAUGAAGGGUUCAGGCGAGACUUCGGGGUAGGAAAGAGUCACAUUAAAGCCAUCAUGGAGAGAAAGAUAGAUAGAGAGAGGGAGAGGGAGAGAACGGCGUCGACAAAAUUGGGUCAUGCGUUGAUGUAGUACAGUAGUUCUUUGAUCGUCUUUUGUUUCUUCUACUUUCCUUUCUGUUGGAUAGAAGCCCUAUUAUUAUUAUCCAUCUCUCUCUCUUAUAUAUAUAAUUACUUGCGUUGCUGUUAUUGUCAGUUCAUAUUGAUCUGUUAAUCUAAAGACGUUACUUGAAGAGUGAGUAAAAAAAGGAGCUAUCAGUUGUGAUAUUGAUAAGCGAAAAAAAACGGGUUAUUGCUGUUUACACACUAGACAAUUACAUGUAAAUACCAUAAUCAUUUUCAAAACAAGAUUUCUAGUUUGCUGGAAGCCUUAUAAUUACAUACCCAAGCGAUUAGAAUAAUAGUAAAUAUAUUAUAGAUAUCAUAUUAUAUAUAUUUAAACCCAUUUAGAUAUAAGAGCAACAUGUUUACACUAUGUACACUUUACUUUAGAAUGGAGUAUAUAUAUUUGUACUCUACGUGUGAUCUCCGUAAUGGUAAGUAGGUAAUGUUCUUUCAGAUGUUUGCCUGUUAUUCCGAAAAUUAUAUAAUUUCUUUAUAAACGUGAUCUCCUGUAUGAUUUACCAAAAUCGUGUGCAUCGGAUCUAUGUUAUGUAUAUUGGAAGAAGAUGCUACAUUAACAAGGCGCCAUCCAAAAGUUUCCAGAAGUGUGAAUAAAGAAUGUGGAAAACAAGGGAAAGCAUUACAUGAAAAACAGGUGACCGAAUUUGUCUCCUUGAGCGUCUGUUCAGCACCUACAACUAGUCCUCCUGAAUGCCUCAGAUAUGUCAGGUCUUUAUCAUUUCAGCUAGGAUGCCACUUUUCGGAAAUAGGGAAGAAAAUGGGUUAAACUUAGUAAAUAGGUAAGAAAGGGAACCUGCAUAGUUUACUUGACGAGGCUGUGUGUCCUGUCAUGGCGAGGCGCAACGUCGAGUCACGUUCUCCGUCUCAAAACAUCGCAAGAUAACCUGUCAUUGACGGUCGGUCCCUGAGUUCAUUCCUAAGAAACAAACCUCUCGAUGGUGAAGAAAGAAAGGAUCGCUGGAGAAAGCAGAGAUUAGGACUCGAUGUUUUCCCUUUUUUUUAAUUAAUUCUCUGUUUUCAUUUUUGUGAACUUUUUGGGUCGAUCAUCAUGUAAGCAGCGUAACUACAUCGUAGACGCCGAAACUCUGCAGUGCUAAAAAAUGCAACGAAGCAGUUACUAUGGGCCUUUGAAGAAACGUGUAAAAUAUGUCAUAUAUACGGAAGAAAUUAAAAUAAAUUGACUUAUUUAAAUGGUUAUUCAUUAUUUCAAGUUGUCAUUUUUUUCGACGAAUAAGGUUCUUGUUCAAAGGCUUCAUCCCGAUACAAAGAGCUUAUAUUUUCAUUUUGAUCAUCGACUUUGCAACUCUUACAUUUCUUGCAGAAUUUGCAGAAACCAUACUCUCAUUAAUCAUCCCUAACUGUAAGCAACACUUGUAAAUAAUAUGCAAAUCAUCUCUUCAAAACAUACAUCUUAAACAUUGCCACACUGACUCAAGACACAUAACAGGAUGAUGUGACGUCAUUUAUUUCGUAAUAGAUAUAAGCUUUCUUGUGAAUUAGUGACCGCCGUUUUCUCUCUGUAUUGUUUGAAAAUCGACCCUGGCAUCUCGCUAGAAUUCCGUGUCAGGGGAGGAUACUCUACGUGAUGCUGUGAUGCUGUGGUAUAUCGUGGAAAGGUGGAAUGUCUCGUAUAUUUUGAUGUGACUAAUUUCAGCUAUAGCUUUAGGUUUGUAAAUAGUAAAUAUUGCACACACACAUACAUACACACACGCACGCGUGCACACACACACACACACACACACACACACACACACACACACACACACACACACACACACACACACACACACACACACACACA